AUGACUAGAGAAAUCAAGACUGAUGAGGCCCUGGAAGAUCAGGGCAUACAUAAUAGACAGCUGGUCGUACAUCUAUCGUGUUUCAAUAAGCCACUGACGAAAGUGCUUGGAAGCAUCCGUCCGCUGCGUCAAGAAGACUGGACGCGCCAUACAGGAGCGUGCAAUAACGAGGGUGAAGAGAAGGAGCAUGUUAGAAUCGUGGUCUACCCAAUGAACAGGGUGUUUGUAAUCAGGAACGGUGCAAAGGCCGUUCUGGUCGAAAGUUUCAGUGCUAACCUAUCAGGUUGGGAGAAAGCCAAGAUUCCAACCCGGGCGAAAAUUGCUUUGUUCACACUGCGCUUCUGGCCACGACCGCUGCCAUCGGAGAACAACACAUCCAAACAACAUUUGCGUAGAACGGAACCUCAACGCACUACGAUGAGCUACCAAGACAGUAUACUAAGUCGUUUCGACUCUCUCAAGGAGCAAGCAAAGGACGCUAUAUGGGCAUUGGCAGGUUGUGCAUGCAAACCAGCCGCUACGGUGAAAGUGAACGGUCGCAAAUACAAGAUUGUGAGGGCGUUGGGCGAAGGAGGUUUCUCAUUCGUCUAUCUUGCACAAGAUGAAACGACUGGUCGUGAAUUCGCUCUCAAGAAGAUUCGCGUUCAUAAUUCGGAAGGGGUAAAGGGCGCUAUGCGAGAAAUUGAAGCUUAUCGUAGAUUCAAGUUAGUUUCCUAUUCAAUCCGUCGUAAGCGCAACGUUGCUGAUCUACCAUAG